AUGGACCAGAUGGCAGCGGACGAGGGGAAGCAUCCGGGUCCAGACCGCAGCGACAACCCGCCGCAGAUCACCGUGGAAAACUGCUACGAGCUGCUGGAAGAGGCGAAGCGCGGCGGCUCGGAGCGCGACAAGCAGCGGCUGCUGGGCUUCAUGAGCGACCACUACCUGAAGGUGCUGCGGAGCCCCGCCGUGUUCGGCCGGCUCACCGCCGCGGAGAGGGAGCUCAUCCUGGCCCGCAGGAUGGAGGGGCGGAAGGUGCUGGCGGUGGCCGAGACCUGCGAGGUGCUGGACAGCAGCCGCCCGCAGAGCCCGCAGCGGGAGGACCCCGCCCCGCGCCGGGUGUUCUGCCUCCACCCGGACUCCCAGCGCUGGGAGCUGCUGACGGUCCUGCCGGAGGAAGUCCCGGCUAAAGGCUCCGGGAUGUGCACCCUCUACAACUACCUGUUCGUGGCGGGCGGGAUGGGGACGCAGGACGGCCGCUCCACGGCGUCGGACCGGGUGUUCUGCUUCAACCCGCGGACCGGCCACUGGAGCCGGGUCCGCCCGCUGACGCAGCCGCGCUGCCAGCUGCGGCUGGUCUCCAUGGACGGACACCUGUACGCCAUCGGGGGGGAGUGUCUGUUCACCGUGGAGCGCUACGACCCGCGCGCGGACAGGUGGGCUCACGUGGCUCCGCUGCCCAAAGGCUCCUUUGCGGUCGCGCAUGAGGCUGUUUCGUGCGGCGGCGCGCUGUUCGUGUCCGGCGGCUCGCUCUUCUACCGUCUGCUGCGAUACGACAGCCGCCGCGACGAGUGGGAGGAGUGUCCGUUCAACGAGAGCCGGCGGCGCUCCGCCGACAUGGUGGCGCACCGCAGCCUCAUCUACCGCUUCGACGUGGAGCGGGAGCGCGCGGCCGUGAGCGUGUACAGGUACAACACGCUGGUGAAGGUGUGGCUCGGCGGCGCGCGCUUCCCGCUGGACAACCCGCAGCCGUUCCGCUGUGCGGUGCUGGGAGACCGCAUCUACUGCGUGAGCCGCGGCCACGCGCUGCAGUUCGAGGUGCGUGAGGAGCGCGAGGGCUUCCUGUCGGAGGUGCUUCCGGGUCCUGCGGAGGCCCGCGGGUCCCUGGUACCGUUCGUCCUCAGUCUGGACAAGUGACCCGAACCGGGUCACGUCCUGCGGCUGUGGCUGCCUGAGCUCAGGCAGGUUUCAUCUCUGGAGAUGUGA